GGAUUCUUUGAUAAUUAUUAUUGCAUCGACGGUUGGAACAUAACAGACACGGAUCACCCUCUUUCGCCAAAACAAAGAAGAGAGAAAGGAAACGGCACUGAAGGAACCAAGACCUUUUUAGGGUUUUACUACAAUCCACCAUUCGUCUACCACGUUCUCCCAAUAAUCAUCAAUAUACAAAUUGAGAGUUUAACAUCUUCAUCAACUCUCUAAUUCUUAGACAUGACCGAGUACUGGGUUAGUCAAGGUAAUAAAUGGUGUGACUUUUGCAAAAUCUAUAUUUCAAACAACCCUUCUAGUAUCAGAAACCAUGAACUUGGCCAACGUCAUAAAGAGGCUGUUUCAAAGAGACUUGCUUCUAUGAGAAAAGAGAAUGCUGCUAAAGAGAAAAAACAGAAGGAAGCAGCUCAUGCUCUUCAACAAAUUGAAGCUAAAGCUAAUCGUAGCUAUCAGAAAGAUGUAGCAAAUUUUGAGGAGGCGAGUAAAGUUCAUGCACUAGAUCUUCAAGAGGAUGCUGAGGAGGAGUGGGAUCAUGACAAGACAUCAGGCUACUACUACAAUCAAAAUAAUGGGUUACAUUAUGAUCCAAAAUCAGGUUUUUAUUAUUCUGAUGCUAUAGGCAAGUGGGUGACUCAGGAAGAGGCAUAUGCUUCGAUUAAGAUCUCAUCAGAUUCCAAGCAUAAAGGAUCCAUUUUGAAAAAGCCUUUUUUGAUAUCAGCAGGAGGUCCGAUAAAGGAAACCACUACUGCUACUCAAAAUGGACCUCCACCUGGUCCAGUUGUAUCGGCUCCUUUAAACCCCAUGAGAUCUGUCAAAGGAGCUACUUCAGCAGUUGCUGUUAACAAGAGAAAGAGGCAGGACGCACAUCCAAAGGUUAUAUCUAAUGAAGAGAAAGCUGCCCUUAAAGCAAGGGAGGCCGCAAAGAAGAGGGUUGAGGAGAGGGAAAAAAAUUUGCUUGGCCUAUACAAACGCUGAUUUGGAACACCUGAAGCAUAGAGUUUUCCUUCUGCUGAAUAUGAGGGAUACGGGGAGUAAUCGGACAGCUGAGAGGAAAUGGUGGAAUUAGUUUUUGCAAGUGCCAACCUGCAGACAGUCCAAUGUAUAUUGGUUUCUAAUCCAGUCUGCAUCCUUGUCCAUUCCUUUUGACUGAUGGAUGCUAAUCUUUUAUGGGAAGGAAAAUAGAUUGUUGUAAAUUGUAAUGUGGGCCAAUACUUACAUUCAAACUGACAGAUGAUCGUUGUUUUGUUCCAGAAAAUGGAGCAAAUAUGCAACUUUGGGACAACUUGGUAUGGAAACCCUAUUGGAAAGAGAGGCUAAAUGAAGUAGCGAGUAUAUUUGCUUAAGAUCUUUUCUGUUCUAACCAAUGUAUACCUCACCCAUGGCCCAUAUUUAAGGAAUGCGAGGCCUCUAUGAUGAGCUGAAUAACUGAGCAUUUCACCACUGUUCCUUUACUGAUAAGAAUUCCACUACGGAGAAAUAAGCGAAAAGUUUUUUGUAAUGAAGUUGAAGUGGAGACAGAAACAUUGCAUUAUUCUUGAAUCUCAUAUGCUUUUCCAGUUUUCUCAA